CUAAUUCUACAAUUUUUUAUGGUGAGUUUGGUUGACCUUAUUAAAAAGCAAAGUCUAGGCUAGCUACAACAAGAAAAAGCAGAACAAAGAAUAAAAAGAAAAGAAGAAAGACAAUUUUUUUGUGUGACAGUGAAGAUGGGUUCUCAUGCCUCAAAACUCCAGACCGAGGAGAAAACUCUAGCCGAUCUUAAAACCUCAGGAGAAGACUACCCUGGUUCUGAAUACCGUCCUUCUGAUAGAAAAAACUGGAUGAAUGAUCUUAACCCACACAAAAUUCACAUCAAUCAAAUUGUAUGGCCAGGAACACAUAAUUCUGCAACCAACGAGAUUGGAGUCCCACUCAUCACUCGCCCUUUUGCUCAAUGUCAAUAUUUGUCUAUCUAUCAACAACUUGCAAUAGGUACACGUGUCAUUGACAUUCGUGUACAACAUGACCGACAUGUGUGUCAUGGAAUUCUUGUUACUUACAACAUCGAUGUUGUCAUUAACGAUGUUAAAAAGUUUCUGUCGGAAACAAAGUCUGAGAUUAUUAUUCUUGAGAUUAGAACAGAGUUUGGUCACGAUGAUCCACCUGAAUUUGAUAAGUACUUGGAGGAACAAUUAGGUGAGUUUUUGAUUCAUCAAGAUGAUCAUGUUUUUGGAAAAACUAUUGCUGAAUUGUUACCUAAGAGGAUUAUAUGUGUCUGGAAGCCGAGAAACUCGGCACAUCCAAAAGUAGGGAGUUCUCUAUGGAGUGAAGGGUUUUUGACGGAUAAUUGGAUUAACACGGAUCUGCCAUCAACCAAAUUUGAUGGUAAUUUGACGCAUUUGAGUGAACAACCACCGGUUACGUCGAGGAAAUACUUUUAUAGGGUGGAGAAUACGGUUACUCCGGUGGCUGAAACCCUUGCUUUGUGGGUUGAACCUGUUACGAGACGUAUUCAUGGAUAUGCUAGGUUAUUCAUAGCUCAGUGUUUUGCUAAGGGAUAUGCAGAUAGGAUUCAGGUAUUUUCAACUGAUUUUAUUGAUGAGAAUUUUGUUGAUGCGUGUGUUGGACUCACUUAUGCAAGGGUUGAAGGAAAAGCCUAAAUUCAUUAUGCUGCCUGCUAUAUGUUUGUGUUUAUUGUUAAUUGUUUUGCUGCUAUUUUCUUCAUUAUUUGUUUUGUAUAUCAAAUAGAAAUUAGUUGAUGCGGUACAAGCAAUCUGUGAUUUUGUUCUGUUGUUGUAUUUUUUUUAUUCUUUUGGUUCGUUUUUGUAAAUGUGUGGAACAUUGGAUUUGAUUGUAAAUUCAAAACUACACCAUGUGCUAUUCUGUUA